CUUUUAUUGUUUCGCGAAUAAAAUAUGUACACAACGCAUUGUUACGUAACAAUAGAAACUCGAUUCCAGCGUCCUUCGCUCGCUGUUACAACUCACUGUGGUUUUGCUCGGGUGAAAAUGGGCUGCGGGUCUUCGAAAACCACUGUAGCACCCAGAGUAGUGGUCGUAGGGGCAGGUUAUGCAGGUCUAAAGUUGGCCAGUCUGUUGGAAAAAGAAAAUUUCUGUACAGUUACUUUAAUCGACGAAAGAGAGGUGUUGGUUCAUGAAUUAGCAGCGCUGAGGGUCUGUGUUGAACCAGAGAGCUUGCCCAUACUUUUUGUUCCAAUUGCUGACGUCACCAGAAAUUUCAUCCAAGGAAAAGUGACGUCACUGAAUCGCACGAAAAAUCAAAUCAUUCUAGAAAAUGGAAACAAAAUCAAAUUUGACUACCUAAUUCUCGCUAUGGGUACGACGGGUACUUUCCCGGGGAAACUCCCUGCCGUCUCAGCGGCACAAGGAACCAAAAUGUACCAGGACAUCUGCUUUGCUAUUCGAAAGUCUCACCGAGUCAUGAUCAUCCACGGUGGUUGGAUUGGUGUAACGUUGGCUGGGGAGAUUAAAACAGAUUAUCCGGACAAGCAGGUAAUUAUCGUCCACCAAGAAGCAAACCUUGUAUCAGACAAACUACCAGCUGAGGUUCAGAAAGAUUUGCAACGGAUUUUGUACAAGAAAGAUAUUGAAGUGUAUACGAACACUUCGAUCAUUGGGGUGGAUGACAUAAACUUAAAUCAGCAUGAAAAGAAUCAAAAAGUGAAAACAGAUUCUGGGAAAGAAUUUGAGGUUGAUUUGAUCGUUCGUUGUACUGAAGAGAGAAAUUCAAGCUCUUUUAAAACUAUUCUCAGCGAAUCUAUGAACCUCAAUGGAUCUUUAAAAGUUGACCCUAGUUUGAAAGUUGUUGGUUGUGACAACAUAUAUGCGAUUGGCGACGUCAAUGACGUUGGUGAACAAACUAUAGAUGGUCGUUUCAAUCAAGCAGCUUACAUGGUUGAGCAUUUGAAGGCAGUACUGUCAAGUUCGGAUGUAGUCGCUUACAAACAAGAUCCCUUUUCAAUGCUGGUUCCCAUUGGUCGAUAUAGUGGGUGUGGCGUUCACCAUGGUAACCAGGUUGAUGAGGACGGAGUAAUGGAGUUACUCAGCACAAAUUUGAUGACUAAGCAAAUCUGGGAGGGUCUUGGGCUCGUAUGUCCCUUGCCGAGUUUUACUUAAAGUCCGCUGUCGAACAACCGCUUUUUAUUUUCCUGCUUCAUUUCUGAAUAUUUUGUUGAAUCCUUUUGUUAUCCGAUGAUAAUGUAGAAAUGUAUAGAGUUUUUUGUUUAUACACCUCACUAGUGAAUGUGGGUAAAAAUGAGCUUCCAUUAGUAUGCAGUCUCCCAGAAGGUAAUCUUUGCCUGUUCCACGAUGUAUUACAUUCUACACGAUA